AUGCGACUUCGCGGUGUGUUUCGUGCAGCCAAGCUGCCCAACGGACAACGCGCCAUUGGCACAAAAUGGGUGUUCAAGAUCAAGCGCAAGGCGGAUGGGUCAAUCGAGAAGUACAAGGCACGACUUGUGGCCAAGGGUUUCCGCCAAAAGUAUGGCAUCGAUUACACGGAGACGUUUUCGCCUGUGGUCAAGUAUGUGACGCUGCGAAUGGUGAUCGCAAUUUCCAAGCAUUUUGGAUGGCCCAUCGACCAGCUUGAUGUGGUGACAGCUUUCCUGUAUGGCGUCAUGAAGGAACAAGUGUUCUGCGUGAUUCCUGAAGGCGUCGAACUUGACAGUACGUUCGACUGCCUGGAAUUGGUGAAGUCAAUUUACGGCCUCAAGCAAGCGUCGCGAGUGUGGAACGAGACGUUCGACGAGUAUGUGUGCUCCAUCGGAUUUCAAGUAUCGGACUUCGACCCAUGUCUCUACAUCAAGACUUCGGACGGCCAUUGCGUGUUUAUACUGGUCUACGUGGACGACGUCUUGAUGACUGGAAGCUCGCUCGAGCUGAUUGCACAAACCAAGAACGACCUGAAGACGCGGUUCGAGAUGACGGACAGCGGCAAGUGUGCGUUUGUUCUUGGGAUCGAGCUUUUGGACGGUGAAGAUGGCAGUGUGACACUAUGUCAGCGUCGGUAUGUCGAUGAUAUCCUCAAGCGCUUUGGCAUGGAUGAUUGCAAGGCAGUCGCAAGUCCAGUCGACAUGAGCUCUCGACUUGUUUCAAGUGAUGCAACUACCAAGGUCGAUGCUCCUUUUCGCGAAGCUGUUGGUGCGUUGAUGCACCUGACCACUGCAACGCGUCCGGACAUUGCGUUUGCUGUGGGCUAUGUGUCGCGGUUCAUGGAAAAUCCCCAAGAAGAACACUGGGUUGCAGUUAAGCGUAUCUUUCGCUACCUACAAGGCACCAAGACGCAUGGAAUUUGCUACAAGCCAAGUGCAAGGAUCGACUUCCGUGGAUAUUCGGAUGCGGAUUGGGCUGGUGAUCUUACCGACCGCAAGUCAACAUCGGGGUACACGUUCAUGCUACUCGGUGCGCCAGUGAGUUGGGGCAGCAAGAAGCAGCCAAGUGUUUCGUUGUCCACGACUGAAGCUGAAUACAUCGCACUCAGCUUGGCGAUUCAAGAGGGCAAGUGGAUUCAUCGUCUGCUUUGUGAGAUCGUGAUGGCUGCCAAUGAAGAAGGACCGGAACUCAUGAUUCAUGAAGACAAUCAGUCAUGUAUCAAGAUGACGAAGAACCCAGUCAACCACGGCCGUGCCAAGCACAUUGAUAUCAAGUACCAUCACAUCCGUGAUGAGGUCAAGCGCGGUGAAGUGAAGCUCAAGUACUGUGAAACUGCGGUGAUGUUAGCGGACAUCAUGACGAAGGGACUUCAUGGACCACGCCACAAGGAGAUGACGACGGCUCUCGGGAUUCGUGAGCAUUCGGAUUGA